AAGGAACCGGGUUUAGACAACACGUGUUAAAUUGCGAAGGAUAAGAUGGCAGCAAGGCCACUCAUUAGUGUAUAUGGGGACAAAGGGGAGACCACUAAGAGCAAUGUCACUUUGCCAGCAGUAUUCCGUGCUCCAAUCAGACCAGACAUUGUUAUCUUUGUCCAUUCUCAGAUGAGGAAGAAUGCCAGACAGCCAUAUGCUGUCAGUGAAAAAGCAGGUCACCAGACUUCUGCUGAGUCAUGGGGAACGGGAAGAGCUGUGGCCCGUAUUCCUCGUGUGAGAGGAGGUGGUACUCAUAGGUCUGGCCAGGGAGCCUUUGGAAACAUGUGCCGAGGUGGUAGAAUGUUUGCCCCUACUAGAACCUGGAGACGCUGGCACAGAAGAAUUAAUGUCAAUCAGAAACGAUAUGCCAUCUGCUCUGCCAUUGCUGCCACAGGAAUUCCCGCUAUUGUCAUGUCUAAAGGUCACAGAAUUGAGGAAAUCCCAGAGGUUCCCCUGGUGGUGAGUGACAAAGUAGAGGAGUUUAAAAAGACAAAGGAAGCUGUAGCUCUUCUGAAAAGAUUGAAAGCAUGGAGUGAUAUUCAGAAGGUUUACAAAUCCAAACGAUUUAGAGCUGGCAAAGGUAAAAUGAGGAACAGACGAAGAAUUCAGAAGAGAGGUCCCCUUGUUAUAUACAACUCUGAUAAUGGCAUCUGUAGGGCAUUCAGAAAUAUCCCUGGUAUAACACUCAUAAAUGUAUCUCGCCUAAACCUACUGAAGAUUGCUCCAGGUGGUCAUGUAGGGAGGUUCUGUAUCUGGACAGAGUCAGCUUUCAGUAAAUUGGAUAAAUUGUAUGGUACAUGGAAGAAACUGGCUGCAGACAAGAAAGAUUACAACUUACCUAAACCCAAGAUGACCAAUUCAGAUUUAACAAGAUUAUUAAAGAGUGAUGAAAUUCAGUCUGCUUUACGCUUACCCAAAAGAGAUAAUAACAGAAGGAGAGUUCUUAAGAAGAAUCCAUUGAAGAAUCCUAGAGUGAUGAACCAUCUGAAUCCAUACAGUAAAGUGAUGAGGAAAGCUGCACAAAAUGUGGAGGCCAAUCGUAAGGCUGCUCGUCAAGCUAAGCUGGACGCCAAGCGUGGGAUUAAAACUGAAGCCAAGCCAGCUGCCAAGAAAGCAACAAAGGCCAAGCCAGCAAAGAAGUAAACAGGGGAUAAAACAGUGGCAACAUUGAUCUAUAUGACUGAACAUUACUAAACUGUGUCAGGAUUUAAUUUAUUGUUGUCCAAAUAAAGUAUCUUCUGGUUGAUAAA